AUGAAGAAGUUGCCGCAAAAGCAUUCUAAGAAGGACAAGAAAAAAGAAAGUGGUUCUAAGAAAAGGGGAUCCAACAGUCCUGAAAGUAAAGCUCCCGCCAAGAGAAGAAGAAUUAUCGAAGCAAUUUCCAGAGAUGAACUUCCCAAGAUUGAUAUGAAAUUCAGUGAUUUAGAGCGUGUGAUGAAUGAUAGAUUCACUGAUGUUUUGAAAUCAUUGCAGUCGAAAAAUGAGACUGUUGAGAAGGAAAAUGUUACAAAAGAAAGCCACAAAGAGGGUCAUCAUUCAGAUGAUGUUGCUGAUUUUGAAGGCAAUAGUGAUCCCAUCAGUCCGAAUUUUGUCAUGAAAACACCACAUAAAAUGAAGAUCCGUCAAGAUGGUGAUUCCUCAGAAAAUAUUGUUCAUGUUGCGGGAUCAAGUUGUGCAGACAGUCCAGUGAAAGAAAUGGACAAAUCAGUUGAAAUGGAAGAGGAUAAAUUUAACCAAGCACUAUCACAUUUCACAAGUUGUGAACAACAAGAAAAGGAUGACGGAAUUGAGAAACUGAGUGACAUUAUUGUUGAAGAAAUAAAACCAAUUGAUAGUGUUUUUCCAGUUCAAGGGCAUGAAAUGGCAUUGACAAUUUACAAGCCUCCACCACCAACUCCUGAUGAGUAUAUGAUUAGUGACACCGCAAUUGUGUCUGCUUUUUCUACACCAAAAAAGAUUGUGUCGGAAGUUAAAAAGACACCUGCACAAUGGAAUAGGAAGCCAUCAAAGAUUUUUCAUUCACCUUUCCUGACCCAUUUUGGAUCAAGUACAAAAGGAAAGAUUUUUUUUUCUACAGAGCGAAAAAAAUAUCCAUUUGAAGGUUAUGACAUUAAUGGGAAUUCACCAAAUGUAGAGAUAGAAGUUUUUGAAGAAUGGAUUAAAGAAGGCCUUUACAGGAAAGAUAAGGACGAUCAUUACAAGUAUCUGGAUGUCAUCAUGUACUACUUGAGGAAGAAGUACAAGAACAAGAAUUUUCCAAGCAAGAGAUACACUACCAAAGAUUGCUUUUUCAAAGUGUACAUCGAUAAGGCAUAUAUGAAUUACUAUGAUGCUGGCGCUGGCAAGGAGCUUGCCACACAAGAUGCAUCUGCAAAGACUGAUGAGGUUGCUGAUAUGGAGAUGACAUUGAUUAACACCAUUAAAGGAUCCAGUCCACAUAUAGGUCAGCCUUGGCAUUUGGUUGAUGAGUUCUUUGUCCCAAUUAACUGUGAUGGUGCCUUUCACUGGAUAUUGGCAGUCAUUGCAUUGAAGGAUCGAUGCAUUCAUGUGUAUGAUUCAAUGGCCUCUUCACGAAAAAGAACACAAACAAGUGAGAUUGAAAAGGAUUGUGGUGUAUUUGUAUCUGUAUAUGCCGAGUAUCUGAGCGAGGGAUUAGACAUUUCAUCUUCAAAAGUUGAUGCUCACUACCAUCGUCUGAGAUAUGCUAGUAUUUUGUGCAAGUACGGAUCUGUAAAAGCAGAGAAUGGAUACUUUAGUGAAAAUGACGAUCUACAAAGGCCAAGGAUGAAGACUAUUAAAAACGUUGUCGAUGAUAUAAACUUUGAUGAUGUUAGUAGUGUUUAG